ACACACACACACACACACACACACACACUACUGGGAGGGAAAUAACAGGAUUAUGGGGAUCUGAGGCGCAGACGGAUCCGGUGUCACACGAGGAGAGGGAUUAGGAUCUCCGCGUUCGGUCCUCCGCGCGCCGUGAUGGGGAUAGACCGGCGGCGGAGAGCGUCGCUGGCUCUCACCUUGAACUUCCUCGCGCUCUUUCUGGCCGUGUCGGCUCUCACCACGAGCUACUGGUGCGACGGCACGCGGAAGGUGGUGAAGCCGCUGUGCACCGGGCCGGUCAUCGCCAAGCAGUCGUUCUGCAUCCGGUUCAACAGCUCCAACAUGAACGACACGCGGCUCGUGCAGUACAUCUGGGAGACCGGAGAGGACAAGUACGUGAUGAGGAAGUUUCACACCGGGAUCUGGUUCUCCUGCGAGCAGAACAUCAAUAUGUCCGGGGAGAAUUGCAGAAGUUUCAUUUACGUCGCUCCUGAAAACGAGAGAGGCGUGCUGUGGCUGUGCAUCGUAGCAGAGUGCCUGUACAUCCUCCUGCUGGCCACCGGGGGCAUCCUCAUGUCCAUCGAGGUGUGUCACUUUGGGAACGUCAUUGACGGCCUCAAGCUCAACGCCUUCGCCGCCAUAUUCACCGUGCUCUCAGGUCUCCUGGGUAUGGUGGCCCAUAUGAUGUUCACCACGGCCUUCCAGUUGACCGUCAGUCUGGGUCCAGAGGACUGGAAACCUCAGAGCUGGGACUACAGCUGGUCCUACAUUUUGGCAUGGAGCUCCUUCACGGCCUGCAUGGCGUCCUCGGUCACCACCAUCAACCGCUACACCAAAACCAUCCUGGAGUUCAAGCACAAGCGCAGGAACAUCGAGAAGAACCUAAAGAUCAAACAGAAGCUUCUGGAGCUGGACUCACCUGAGCAGGUGUGGGACAUGUACAUCAGCUCUGUGCCGAGCACCGCCGAGGAGCUGCUCGACCUGUCGUCCAACGGCCGAAAACUCUCCAACACCUCCAUCUUCUUAGACCUCAACGACCUGCCCGAUGCGCAGGGGGAGGAGUACUGCUAGAGGAACAGCCUGGUUAAACAUUGGCAGGUGUAAACAUCUUCAGGUGUAAACAUCAGUGGGUCAUUGUCAGGUUCAAUGUGAGACGAUUAUGUAACUCCUGUAAACAACAUGAGACCACGGCUGAGAGAAGGUUAUUUAAAAUAGCUAAACAUUAGUUAGUGUGUCAUUAGUAAAUAAAUCAAUGUAAACUCCAUCCCAUUAAUAUGAUCCUGAUUUCUGCAGCUUGAUGAUCCAGUAGAUGUCAUUAUUGAGCACCAGCAUGAAACCAAAACAAACUGCAGUUUGGCCACACCUCCUCCAUAGUCAAGUGCAAGCGGCGACAAAAUCAUCCUCUUCUCGAGCUGCAAUCAUCUGUGUCCUGCGUUGUUGUGUUAGCAUGCUAAUGUUAGCGCUCUUUAGUUAGCUCGUAGCUUCACACUGCAUUUUAAUUAACACAGAAUGAUCGUGAUCUAAAAACUCUUACUAACAUUCAAAUAAUCAGUGAGUACGUUCUUCUUCUUUUCUCUAGUCCUUGAC